CAACUCCGGUCCAAAGAAAACCAUCUGUGGCUCCGUCUUUGGUUUCAGAGGCAGAGCGGAGACGAAGAGGAGGGGAGGAAGACUUCAGGGAUUUCACCUCCCCGACCACAAACACUCGUGAAGGACACUGAAGAUCAAGCUUCGGGAUGAACAGACUGAAUCCUGACUGUUGGCUUUGGUCGCCCGCACCUCCUCUGUGUCUCCUUCCUCAACAUUCAGGGAACCUUGCUUCAGCCAUGCUGGGCCACCGCGAGGAAGACGAGGGAGAGGAAGAGGCAGGAGAGCACCCCGCUGCCUGCUGCUAUAACACAGGUUGUGAUGACGUCAUCAGUCGGACUGCUGGCGCUCAGCGGUCAGUCUCCGAACCUCCCGUCCACUCAGGGAUCAUCAGCAGCAGCUCCGGCCCGGCUGGGCGAGGUCCUGCUGCUCCUCCCUCACAGCUGCCAAAAACAGUGAUCGGUGCCGAUGGGGGAGACGUGCCGCCGCAUUUCACUGGCGGGCGUUGUUGGGAGGGUCCGGGGAUGGAGACCCAGCGAUGUGGGUGUGGUUAUGGGCAGAGGCAACCAGAAGGUUUGGGUUGCUGCUGGCCUGGAUCUCCAUACGUCUACUACGGAGUGAGGAGGAACCUGGUGGUUGGAGUGGAGGUUGUGGAGGAGGUCGCUGUUGAAGACACUCUAGAAGUAAUAGGACAUAUACACAGAUGAUCUGCUGGAUGCUGAGCUGCUGCAGGACGCCCUGCUGUACCCUACAUGAGCCCCGAGAAACUUUCAGCGUGUCCUGUUCUGACUGUUAACACUGGAAACAAAGCUAUUAUUCACAUAUUUAUUAAAUUUGUUUGUAUUUUAUAUAUUUAUCCUAUCUAUUUUUGUGUAGGUGUGUCCUUGACAUGCUGUUUGUCUUUUUAUUUAUUUUUUUUAUUUUAAAUUAAAGUCCCUGUCAAUUGUAAUUAUUGAGAGUUACAACAGAAAUGUACAAUAAAAAUGACUGGUUGUUA